AUGGAAUACCACUGGGUACUGUUUUCUGUCUUGUUGCAGUUAACCUUCCAAACAGGCAGCUCCAGGCCCACCAUCACCCCCAGCAACCCCUACCUGGUCAUUCCACUCAAUGCCCCCUUCAGUCUGCGUUGCCAGGGUGACCAGGUGAUGCGGUGGCAGAGGGAGGACCGUCCAAAGCUGAGGGGCGAGGUGCGGAGUAAUGGGGCGUCCGACCUGGAAAUCCCCAAAGCUCAGCCUGUCCACAUGGGCCGAUACAUCUGCCUGGAGGAGAGCAGCGGAGAGCAGAGCUCUGUCUACGUCUUUGUCAAAGUUGUUGUUUUGGCAGAUCCUGAUAAUGCCUUUAGAAAGACUAUGGUGUUCAGUAUCCUAACUCGUGCGGGAGACAGCGCCUCCAUCCCCUGCCUAGCAACUGACCCGGGCGUGGUCAACCUGAGCCUGGAGCCGUGUCAUGGCGGUGCCCUCCCUACUGGCCUCCACUAUGUUGCCAGCCUGGAGCGGGGCAUGGUUAUCUUCGACACUAAGAAGGCCUUCGAGGGCUGUUAUAUCUGCACUGGCAGACUUGGCGGCGCCCACGUUAAAUCACAUCACUAUGAUCUGACUGUGCGCCCAGUCCCAGACGCCGCCCCUGUGAUUGAGAUGCGGGAACCCAAGAGGGUGAUCCUGACACGGGGCCAGACUCUUACCUUGACCUGCAGCACCACCAACGUCAACGGAGACAUCAAGCUGAAGUGGGCCGCACCGCCCGGCACGCAACCGGCGGUGGAGAACGCCUCACGCAUCCUGACUGAGCCCAUCAAACACGUCCGUAGCGCUAGGCUCUACAUCAACUCUGUCAGGGCACGGGAUUCUGGGAGAUAUCGAUGUGAGGGUCAGAAUGAGAAGGGGAUCAACUCUGAGUCAAUCUGGCUGGACGUCUAUGAUAGAGGAUUCAUUAAUCUGACUCCGUCAGACAACGGUACAGUGCGUGUUCGUGCUGGUGAGAGUCUGUCCCUGCAUGUGGACAUGGAAGCCUACCCCAAACCACACACCUUCACCUGGAGCUUCUCAGGCCAGCAGCUCAGGAACACCUCCGACCAUGUCAUCACCACACAGAACCACCAACACAGGUACAACAUUGUGCUGAGGCUGGUGCGUUUGAAAAUGUCAGAGAGUGGAGUCUACACCUUUUAUGCCUCCAAUGGUGACGCAACAGUCAAUCAGUCGUUUUCGGUCUACGUAAUCAGUAAACCAGAGAUUGUAUCUCACGAGGGCCCGGUGGACGGACAGGUGCGAUGUGUAGCUAAGGGAUACCCCGCCCCACAGAUCACCUGGUACUACUGUGAACAGCCCUAUAUGAGGUGCUCCCACCAGAUGAACGCCACUCAGGAGGAGCAGGACAUUGUCACAGUGACAUUGUUGAGUCCCUCAUUUGGGAAGACGGAGGUGGAGAGCAGGCUGAACAUCACCACGGGAAGAUUCCACACGUUGGAGUGUGUGGCCACCGUGGAGGGAGAGCAGGCCUACACACUGUUCUCUAUCAGUGAGAGAACAGUGCCCCAUGAGCUCUUCACCCCUCUGCUGAUUGGCUUUGUGUCAGCAGCGGUCCUCCUCUGUGUCAUCCUCAUAGUGCUCUUCUACAAGUACCUGCAGAAACCCAAAUACCAGAUCCAGUGGAAAGUCAUUGAAGGUAUCCACGGAAACAACUAUGUGUAUAUUGACCCUACCCAGCUCCCAUACGACCACCAGUGGGAGUUCCCCCGGGACAAACUGCGUUUCGGGAAAACUCUGGGCUCCGGAGCCUUCGGGAAGGUGGUGGAGGCUACUGCUUAUGGAAUGUCCAAAGCUGAUACAGUGAUGACAGUGGCGGUCAAAAUGCUCAAACCCAGUGCCCAUGCCACUGAGAAGGAAGCGCUGAUGUCAGAGCUGAAAGUUCUCAGUUACCUUGGAAACCACAUGAACAUCGUCAACCUGCUUGGAGCCUGUACUGUUGGAGGCCCAACCCUGGUGAUCACAGAGUACUGCUGCUUUGGUGACCUCCUGAACUUUCUGAGAAGGAAGAGAGAGACGUUCUUUUGCUCCAAGCUAGGGGACGACUGCUACUACAGGAAUGUCAUGCUGCAGAGGGGAACAGCUACAGCUGGAGACAGCAGGAAUGGCUAUGUGGAUAUGAGGCCUUCUGUCACUGGCGUCCUGCCAAAUGGCUUCUCCUCAGAGAAGAGGCGCUCGAUGCGCAAAGCAGGUGGUUCCAGUAGUGAGCCAGAUGUUGUGAAUGAGAUGCUCCAUGAGGACGGUCUCUCUCUGGACACAGAGGAUCUGCUCAGCUUCUCCUAUCAAGUGGCCAAAGGCAUGGACUUCCUGGCUUCCAAAAAUUGCAUCCACAGAGACCUGGCAGCCAGGAACAUUCUCCUGACCCAGGGACGAGUGGCAAAGAUCUGUGACUUCGGCCUUGCUCGUGACAUCACCACUGACUCCAAUUAUGUAGUCAAAGGCAAUGCUCGUCUCCCAGUCAAGUGGAUGUCUCCGGAGAGCAUCUUUGAGUGUGUGUACACAUUUGAGAGUGACGUGUGGUCCUAUGGCAUCUUGCUCUGGGAAAUCUUCUCACUCGGAAGCAGUCCAUAUCCUGGGAUACCUGUGGACUCAAAGUUCUACAAAAUGAUUAAGGAAGGAUACAGAAUGGAUGCACCAGAGUUUGCACCGAGUGAAAUGUAUGAGAUAAUGAGGUCGUGCUGGGAAGCGGACCCCUUUAAGAGACCCUCCUUCAGCAAGGUGGUGGAGAGGAUCGAACAACAGCUGUCAGACACCACCAAACACAUCUAUCUGAAUUUCAGCUCCAAGUUUCCGGUUACAAUGGGGCCCCAGGGUACCAAUGUGGACCAGGGGACACAGAGCGCCAACGUCCUGCGUCUCAACUCGGUGGGCAGCAGCAAUGCCUCCACUCAGCCCCUAUUGGCCAGCGCCAGCGAUGACGUCUUCCUGGAGGAAAUGGGCACCAGGCUCAGGGUCCACCGGGUGUAAGGCCACACCCCCACGAUGGCUGCCACAUAAAGUGCCUGUUUAGUGCAGCCCAAACACCCCACCACACCUAUCCCAACCAUAUACUGUGUCUAGGUAUUAGCCACCCCCUUCCAACCGUAUGUCUAGCUAUUAGCUUCCCCCUUCAGACAGAGGCUUGAAGAAGGACUAGGUCCUCUCGAAACCUCUGCUCCUGGCGCCUUUAGUGCAUGGACGAGACCUGUCACCUACUGUCUCCAUAGUAUCUGGCCCUGUCUCUCACAAGCUUGGAUAUAGUCACACUGUCUUUACUCUCCAGGCCAUUGAGCUACUGUGUAUCACGUUUGUGCUGUUAGAAAUGGACACUGUUGUUUUAUAGCUCCAUAGUAGUGCUAUUUUCUGUGGACUUUUCUCAAUGUUGCUUUCACCGUUUCUAAAUAUGUUUCAUACAGUGUUUAUGUUUGCUACACAUUUCUGUUGUCAAUGUUAAACUGAAUUACUUUGUUUUUUGUUGUUGUUUUGAAUUACGUUUUAUCUCAAACUAAAUCAUAUAGCAUUUUCAAUGGUUGGAGUACAAUUAUUAUUUGAGGUGAAGGCACUUAAAUUUGAACAUCAUUCCAGAUGUAGACAUCAUGUAAUGACGCUUUCACCUUUUGUCUGUUCCACCUUCCACCUUUUAAGAAUUAAUGUCAGUAUUAUUCCACAUGUUCAGUUUUGGUGACUAUGUGAUGGAGAGACAUUUUGUCAGACAUUUCUAGGGCCAAUGGUUUAAAUGAUAUUCAGUAGGCGAAGUCUUAUCACUUGAUUAGAUUGAGAUGUUUUAAGUAUGGUACUAUGACUUCAGCUUUUAGUUGAUGUCCCUGUGUAUAUAUGUACAUAUUGACCUUGGGUAUGACUAGUAAUAAGUGUAUGAUGUGAGAGGUAGCAUUAGCUUAGAUUCCGCCUGGGAGGCUGCCUGCUGGAGAUUCCUUGUAAAUAUGUAAAUAUGUUUCUGGUGUCGGCACCUCUUCUGUCCUGUAGCGUAUGUGUGACCCUUGUUUACAUUUGUCAUCAGACAGGUACUGCUGUAUCACCGGGGUGUUUACUUAGUACAAAAACUGUCUCCAAAAUGGGGAAGGCUGAAACAGUGCAUGGCUAUAAUGAGCAUACUGUACAAGGAAACAGGCGAUCACUAUUCAAGGUAUUAGCCAUUUGAUCUUUUCUACUCAUACAGAUUGUCAAAGAAGGCUUUCUGUUUUGAGGUGAAGCCAAUGAUGCUUGUUUCAAAUGCCAAUGUGGAGCUUGCAGUACAGACCAACAACCAUUAAGCUAACUGUUCUGAGAAAAAGCCAAUUUGAAAGUUAGAUGUUAGAGGUGUUUAGUCAGACCAGGUGGUGACAUGUCUUAUAGUUCCCAACAGUCCUGUGGAUAGUAACGUCAGUGCUCCCGUCCCAGCAGUCAGUAGCUGAUUUCUCAGCCAUCCCUCUACUCUUUGUGUCCAGCUGCUUCCUCUGACGGAAGUGCUACUUCCACCAUCUCUGAACCAGGGCUCUGUAUCACUCCAGACUCCCAUCACUAGGACUUCCCUCUUCCCACACUGAGAUAUUGUUGUGAAGAGCACCUGGAAAAUGCUGUCUGAAUGACUGAAAGGGUGUGUGUGUGUGUGUGUGUGUUUGUGUGUGUCUGCAUGUGUGCAUCUGUGUGUCUGCAUGUGUGCUAUUUGUAGGUGCCACUGAAUUAAAUGUAUGAAAUUUACCCAACAAACUGUUCAACCCUGUCCUUCCCAAAGCUGGAUAUUUGUAAAUAUGUGUGUGAAUACAAUGUAAGUAAUGUGGAUGCUGUCUUAAUGUUUUAUUUUAUUUUCUAUUGAUAUGGUACAUUUAAUGCACAACUCUGAUAUGCUGUAAUAUGAAAAAUGUCUUACCAGAAAUAGAUACACAGAUGCGUACACCCACAUAAUAUUUACUGUACAUCUUCUUCUUUGGAGAUAAGCUGCUUGUUUUUCUGUAGAUGUGGUAACUACUGUAAACGUACUGUACCUAUACAUAAUCUUUCUUUGGGCUUUGCUGUAGAAUGUAUUAUUCCUUGUGUAGUGUAAUUUUCCCCUUGGCUUGGCACUAACCAUUGCAUUCUGUCUUCAACAAGCAAGCCAAAACAUUUAUUUCUUUUUAAACGCUUAUGGACAGCUUUGCCUUACAAAUCAAGUUGGUUUUCAACCCCAAAACAGGAAUGCCUUGUACUUUCAUGGAAAUGGCAAAUAUUGUCUAAUUUUGCUAAUUACAAGAAAGGACAAGUAGAACUGGAGGGCAAUAACUUACAUCAAUACUCUGCUCUUUCCCUUAUGCCACAUAGAAUAGGAAACAUAAAAAUAGGUAAUUACACAGUAAUAACACUGUAGUUACAUGGUUAUAUCUGUGCCAUUCAUCACGCUGUUAAAAAGCACAAUCAAAAUAUUGUCUGAUUAUCCCUAACAAUUUUACUCUAUAACGGUUGAUAUAAUAUGACGGCUGAUACAAUAUGACGGCUGAUACAAUAUGACGGCUGAUACAAUAUGACGGCUGAUACAAUAUGACGGGUGAUACAAUAUGGCGGCUGAUACAAUAUGACGGCUGAUACAAUAUGACGGCUGAUACAAUAUGACGGCUGAUACAAUAUGACGGGUGAUACAAUAUGACGGCUGAUAUAAUAUGACGGCUGAUACAAUAUGACGGCUGAUACAAUAUGACGGCUGAUACAAUAUGACGGCUGUUUUAGAAAUCUUAGAACACUUGUAUAUUUCCCUAUACAACGUUUAUUUUGUGCAUUUAGUUGUAUAUUUAUUUUACAAGAGGCAAUGUUUGUUGUGCACAUUUGCAAUGGGUUGCUGUCUCUUGUUACU